CGGCUUUUGAUUAUUUGGGCGCGAAGUAGUCUGAGCACAAGUUCCAGAGAGACUGAAGAAGAAUCAGUCAGUGGGCGCGAAGCUGCGACCGUCCUCACUGUGGUCAUCCUCCUUGGCCACAUUCCUGAAGCUCUGCGCAGUCGGUGGUGAACGAAGUGCAGCUUUAGAGAGCAGUGUCCGUGUUUCUUCAGGCACCCUCUUGUGCCCUCUGGGUUGAGCACCCUGAUUUGAGCUUCAGCAAGAUCGAGAUGCCUGGUAAAGCAAAUGCUUCUAAGAAGUCUCAACAGUUGAAAAGAAGUUCAAAAAGAAAAAUCGAUAAUGAGGAACUGGAAUUGUCUGAGAAACAGGUUAGAAACACAGGAAAAAGAAAUAAAAAUCAUCCAAAGAAUUUGUCUUCUGAAGAACAAAUAAAACAUACUAAUCUAAAACAGAUAAAGAUAGCAUCCAACAAGAGAAAAACCUGGCAACUUCUUUCAAACAGUACCAGAGAGCAUUUGCAAACUAUGAUAGAAUCAGUAAUAAUAGCAAUUUUGAGUAACAAAAUUAAAGAAAAGGAACAAAUACAAUGUCAUCUCAACUACCUGAAGAUAAGAUUACUACAGUUGUGUGAAACCAUGAAAGUCCCUCCCAGAAAGCUGAAAUAUUUAACUAAUGUUUCAAAUCUACUGAAAAUGGAAAAGGCACAAGAAACAGCUAAUGAAGAAGGUCUGGCAUUAUUGCAGGAAGAAAUAGAUAAAAUGGUAGAGACCACAGAAUCAAUGACUGAAAAUAUUCAUAGACUAAAGAACAAAAUUCAAAUUGUGGCACAUGAAGUAGAAGAAGAGGAGGAGAAGGUAAAACAGAUGCUUCAAAUGGAUUGUAGUGGGGUACUCUCUCUUCCAGAACUUUCUCAGAACAGUCUUAAAGCACCCACACUUCACAAAGAAAUUUUGAUGCUAAUUCCAAACCAAAAUGCUCUUCUAAAGGACUUGGAUGUUCUUCACAAUUCAUCCCAUAUGAAGAACUUGUCAAUGUUCAUCGAAGAAGCCUAUAAGAAACUAGAUGCCUCUUAAAGAGUUUUUUUUUUAGAUUGUUUCAUAUUAAUUUAAUGUUUAUGACUUUGUAAAACUGUUAACUUAUGAUUGUAUUACAGAGGCCAAAGCCUAAAAUCACUUAAAAUUAGCAUCUAAUGUAGUACUGAAAACUCUGUUUAGAGCAGCUGCUAAAUCUAGAAGAUCACUAUUUAUAUUGUUGUAUCUUGCAGUUAUUUGCCUAAACACAUAAAAUAAGAAUAGUCAUGACCUAAUGAUUUAUAAUGACUGUAUGAAGCUCAUUUAUUGGUUAGCAUAUAAUUGUCAUAUCGUGACUUCUUAUAUGUAAAGUGUUUAUGUAUAGUGCCUAAUGAAUAAUUAUGUAAGUAUUUGCUGUCACUCAUUCUUUAGCUGAUAGCUUGUAUUUUUUUUUUUUUUUUU